GUUCUCAUGAUGUUAUCCCAGGUGUCUUGUGUGCGCAUCGGCGUUUUCUGCUUUUGCUUUGCGUGGUACUGAGGUGGCGAUCGGCCGGACCACUUUUAGGUCUUUCGUUAUGAAGCAAAAACUGAAUUGGAACCUCAUGAAUUGCCUUUUCUCGGUUGCAUUUUGAUCUGACUUGCAAACGAGUUUUGAAAACGUGAGUAGUGGGAGAAGGCCUGCAAAGGGCUGGCCUCAGCAACGAGUAGCAUGAGUAAGGAGAAUGGGGGCAGUGGGCAAGAAAAACUUCCAUCGAAGAAUCUCUCAUGGCAGAGCAUCGUCAAAUCUCUGGUGGCGGGCGGUGUUGCAGGCGGAGUGUCAAGGACGGCGGUGGCACCUUUGGAACGCCUCAAAAUUCUAAUGCAGGUGCAGGGCAGCAACAAGGUGUACACCGGAGUCUGGCAGGGUCUGAAACUGAUGAGCAAGAAUGAGGGGAUUCGUGGGAUGUUCCGCGGGAACUGGACGAAUUGCGUGCGCAUCAUCCCCAACUCGGCUGUGAAGUUCUUGACCUAUGAGCAACUCUGCAGGCGGAUCUCGCACCACCUAAUAGAGAACGGGGGAGACGGCCAGAUGACGCCGCUACUGCGGCUGGCGGCAGGCGCGGGGGCAGGCAUCGUGGGGAUGAGUGCGACAUAUCCGCUGGACAUGGUGCGCGGCCGGCUGACUGUGCAGAGCAUGGAGGGCGUGCACCGCUACCGAGGCAUCGUGCAUGCCGCCACCGUCAUCGAGGGCAUCAUUGCGUUGUGGAAGGGGUGGCUGCCCAGUGUCAUCGGCGUGAUCCCCUAUGUGGGGCUGAAUUUCGCGGUGUACGAAACCCUGAAAGACAAUGUCCUCAAAUUCUAUGAACUGAAUGAUGAACGGGAGUUGAGCACGAUGUCACGGCUAGCAUGCGGCGGCGUUGCGGGGACAACAGGGCAGACGGUGGCAUACCCCCUAGAUGUUGUCCGCAGGCGAAUGCAGAUGUCUGGGUGGCAAGGGGCGCAAGAGCUGCAUGCAGAGGGGGGUCAUGCUGUGGCGUACAAGGGCAUGAUCGACUGCUUUGUGCGCACAGUCAGGGAAGAGGGCACGAAGGCUCUUUUCAAGGGGCUGCUGCCAAACUACAUUAAAGUGGUGCCCUCCAUCGCAAUCGCCUUUGUGACGUAUGAGAAACUAAAGGAGGGGCUUGGAGUGGAGCUGCGCAUCUCAUCAUAGGAUACUGAUGACUCUUUCGCUUCUGUUUCUGGGAUGAUCUUCUCCACAGCGAGCCCAGCAACAGUUUUCAGUUUACUGAGAGGCUUCAGAUCGUCAUACUCUUCUUGUGAGACCAGCUCCUGCGGGUGCCUGCUCAGAAGCAGACCCACUAUGUAAAUCCCUGGGUUCCUUCCGUCAGAACGAUGUGUUAGAUUAGCUGAUGGGGUGGCACGCAUUGCGCAUGCUACAUUGCCAGCUGCCGCGGCGGCUGUGGUCUCAUGAAAAGCCUUUGGGGUCCCCACACGGUGUUCCAUGUAGGGCUGCAGCAUGACGCGGACACCAAUUUUGACUCAGGAUGAUGCCUAGAAGCGCAGCAACGGUGCUGCUGCUGUGUGUGGAUGUUUGGACUUCCUCUACCCAUGUAAAUAUUGCAGUGCUUUCUGUCUCGAGCUUGCAGGUUGAUUGGGCCUUGGGUCUUAUAGUGGUGGGGGUUUAAUUGGGGUUUUGCAUG